AUAGUAAAUAAAAAAACAGGCCAAUGGAGCAAACUCGUGAUGACAGUUAAAUUUUACGUGGAAGUCAAUUGUCAACAUACAUAAAAUACACCUAUUACUAUUAAUUAAUUAAUAAUACUAAUCAAUCAAAAAAUUGUUUAUAAUUAUAAAAUAUCGUAUUUGGGUGUUGAAAAAAAAAAACAAUUAAAUCAUUAAACAAUUUUUGACAUGACGUAACGUAACACACCAAAUUCUAUACAAAAAAAAUAAAAAAACAUUAAAGGGUGUGUGUUUAUGUGUAUGUGUGUGUAUCUCCAUUAAUUGAUAAUUGAAAUACAUGAUUUUUUUGUAUUUUGCCUUGUCACUAUUUAUCAUUAUAUUAAUACAACGACAUAUAUAAAAAUUUAUAUCUAAUAAAAUGGACAGCAACAAAGAUGAAGCAGAUAGAUGUUUGGAACUUGCUGAAAAAUAUAUACGUGAAGAUAGAUAUGAUGAUGCUGAAAGAUUUGUCAAAAAAGCCAUGAAAUUAUAUCCAACUAAAAAAGUAGAAGAUUUAUUGGCAAAGUUAUCAUCAUCAUCAACAACAAAACAAAAUCAAAAAAAAGAAACUGAACCAGAACUUCGUAAACGUCAAGCAACAUCAUCAACAACAACAUCAUCAUCAAAAUCAACAACAAGUCAAUCAAAUAAUACAAGUAGCUUUAGUGAUUAUACUAAAGAACAAUAUGAACAUGUUAAAAGAGUUAAAAAAUGUAAAGAUUAUUAUGAAAUAUUAAGUGUAACUAAAGAAGCAACUGACAAUGAUAUUAAAAAAGCAUAUAAAAAAUUAGCAUUACAGUUACAUCCAGAUAAAAAUAAAGCACCAGGUGCUGGUGAAGCAUUUAAAGCAAUUGGUAAUGCUGUUGCUGUAUUAACAGAUGUACAAAAACGUAAACAAUAUGAUCUUUAUGGUUCUGAUGAAGAACGUAUGCAAUCAUCAAGAGGUAAUGCAGCAUCAAAUCAUCAUAGUUAUACACGUGGUUUUGAAGCUGAUAUAACUGCUGAAGAAUUAUUUAAUAUGUUCUUUGGUGGUGGUUUUCCACAACAAGAAUUUUACAUGAGAAGAACUGCUAAUAGAUGGACUAGACAAAGUGAAUCACAAACACAACAUCAACAUGCUCAUCAUCAUCAACAACAACAUCAACAACAACAAGCUAAUAGUUAUACAGCUAUUUUACAAAUGUUGCCUGUUUUAUUACUCAUAUUAUUAACAAUGAUGAGUAGUUUUUUUAUAUCUGAUCCAAUUUAUAGUUUACAUUCAAAUGCAAAAUACUCGGUUCAAAGAACUACACAAGAUAUGAAAGUACCAUAUUAUGUUAAGGAAAAUUUUCACAGUGAAUAUCAAGGUAGUUUACGAAGAUUAGAAAUAUCUGUUGAAGAAGAAUACAUGAAUAAUUUGAGGCAUGCAUGUUACAGAGAAAAAAGUUAUAAAGAUUCAAUGGUAUGGAAAGCAAGAAAUUUUGGUGAUGCUGAAUUAUUUCAAAAAGCUAAAAAUAUUGAUACACCAUCAUGCAGACGACUUCAAGAUGUUCAAGCUGCCUAAGUCAAUUUUAUUUAUUUAUUUUACUUUUUUUUUUUUUAUAUAUAUUAUUAAACAGUGUAGAUAGGUGUAUAAUAACAUA